CUUCACCGACACCGUCAUGUACUAUGGCUACUACAGUAACGCCACCCUGAACCAGCCGUGUGCCCAUCCACUGGAUGGUGGCCAGUGUGCCCCCGAGGGGGCCAGCCUGCCCUACAACAUGCCCCUGGCCUACCUCUUCACCGUGGGCGCAGCCUUCUUUGUCACCUGCAUCACCCUGGUGUACAGCAUGUCCCGCUCUUUUGGGGAGAGCUACCGGGUAGGCAGCACCCUGGGCGCCCACGCCCUUGCUGUUUUCUGCUCCUGGGACCACAAGGUGACUCAGAAGUGGGCCUCCCGCCUCCAGCAUGACAACAUCCGGACCCGGCUGAAGGAGCUGCUGGCCGAAUGGCAGCUGCAGCGGGGCCCCCGGGGUGUGUGCGGGUGGCUGGGCCAGGCGGCCGUGCGGGGGCUGGUGUGGCUGCUGUGCCUGGGGACCACGCUGGGGUGCACCGUGGCUGUCUACACCUUCUCCGAGUUCAUGAUCGAGAGCCCUGUGCCUGCUGACCAGGAGGGGCCACUGCUGGCCCUGCCCCUGGUGGUCUGCCUCCUCAACCUGGGGGCCCCCUACCUGUUCCGAGCUCUGGCUGCCCUGGAGCGGCACGACUCCCCGGUGCUGGAGGUGUACGUGGCCAUCUGCAGGAACCUCAUCCUCAAGAUGGUCACCUUGGGGAUUCUCUGCUACCACUGGCUGGGCCGCAGGGUGGGCACCCUAAAGGACCAGUGCUGGGAGACCUUUGUGGGCCAGGAGCUGUACCGCCUGCUGGUGCUGGACUUUCUCUUCACGCUGCUGGACACGUUCUUUGGGGAGCUGGUGUGGAGGCUCAUCUCCGAGAAAAGGCUGAGGAGGGGGAAGCCCGAGUUCGACAUCGCCCACAACGUCCUGGAGCUGAUUUACGGGCAGACCCUGACCUGGCUGGGGGUCCUCUUUGCGCCCCUCCUGCCCGCCAUGCAGAUCCUCAAGCUGUUGCUGCUCUUCUAUGUCAAGAAGACCAGCCUGAUGGCGAACUGCCAGGCACCCCGCAGGCCCUGGCUGGCCUCCCACAUGAGCAUGGUCUUCGUCUCGCUGCUCUGUUUCCCGUCCUUCCUGGGCGCGGCCGUCUUCCUCUGCUACGCCAUCUGGCAGGUGAAACCCUCAAGCCUCUGUGGGCCCUUCAGGACCCUGGACACCAUGUACGAGGCGGGCAAGGUGUGGGUGCGGCGCCUGGAGAGAGCCGGCCCUGGGGUCGCCUGGCUGCCCUGGGUCCACAAGUACCUGGUGGAAAACACCUUCCCCGUCUACCUGGUGUCGGCCCUGCUGCUGGCUGUCAUCUACCUCAACAUCCAGGUGGUGAAGGGCCAGCGGAAGGUCAUCAGCCUCCUGAAGGAGCAGAUCAGCAAUGAGGGGGAAGACAAGAUCUUCUUAAUCAACAAACUUCACUCUGUGUACGAGAGAAAGGAGAGGAGCAGGGCUGGCAGAACCCAGGAGGCCGUGACGCCCUCGGAUGCCUGGUAGGACGGCGGGCCUGGCAGCCUGCGUCUGCUCACCCACCUGGCUCCGUUCCCACGGCUCUGCAGGCACAGACGCCAACCCGAGACUGUGCGGUCCCCUGCAGGGUGACUGCCCUGGGACACGGGGAAGGUGACAGGACUCUGCAGCCUGCCCAGGACUGGAGCUGGAGGGUGGGCCAGAGGGGCUGCGGCACCCCCCCGCCCUGCCUGGGACUGUAUUUAUUCUGAUUAAAUAUGUUUUGCAAAACGG